GAAAGCUUUCCUGUUAAAGUCAGUGAAGAUACGAAAGUCUCUCGCCUCAGGAAGUCAGUCAGGGAUGGAAAACAACGUUUUGCCAAUAUUGAUGAAGAAGACUUAAUCCUAUGGAAGGUGAACAUCCCUACAUACGGUAAAGACCUGGGAACUGUAAUACUUGCCGAUAAUAUCAAAGAACAACUCGGAGGUGUGGAGUUGUCUCCAUUUGAAAAUGUUGGUCUUUACUUUGUCGAACUAGAACAUUUUUCUGACCAAGAACCCAUUAGUAAAUACAUCCGUAUCAUCGUACAACCACCUACCACCACUGACCAAUGGCAUACUAAUGUAUCUCGUAACAUUGCAAACCUACAUUAUCAACCCCGACAACAAAAUGGUCUUGGUGGUACGCUGAUACCUCGUCUAACGAACGAUGAAACUUUUGAGGGCAUUUCUCUUACUGACCCUGACAUCAGCCAUAGAUUUGAAAAAACAUCAUCCUUAAUCAAAGAUCUUAUCAAGAAGAAGGUUUUGCUUAUCCGGGCUCCUCCCUACUCUGGCAAAACAUCAAUGGCCCAACUUAUGGAGUAUCACUUGGUUAGCUCUUCAGAAUAUUCGAAGUACAGGGUGAUAAGAAUUUCAAUGCUUUGGGGAUCGGCUGUGGGAGUAAAUUGCAGUUGGGAGACGUUUGGGGAGUUAUGGAAGAGGGUUAUCGGUAUAAGCUGGAUUGAAUGGGUAGGACAGUGCCAACAAAUUCCAACGAUUUUGAUAUUAGACGAAGUUCAAUUGAUAUAUAAGCAAGAGCGUGGAAUUGAUGAAAGUAAUGAAACGAGUGCAGAUGUAUUCUGGAGAACUGUCAAAGGAUGUCUCCAAGAAAUGUCAAACAUCUAUAUCAUUAUGUUUGGGACAUACGGAUAUCAUAGUGCUAACUCUGCAGGACUUUCGACUCCU